AUGGCAGCGCGAUCCCGGAGACCCUGGCUGAGCGUGGUGCUAGGGCUGGUGCUGGGUUUCACCGCCGCCUCCUGGCUCAUCGCCCCUAGAGUGGCCGAGCUCAGCGAGAAGAAGCGGCGCGGCGCCAGCCUCUGCUCCUACUACGGCCGUGCAGCGGGGCCGGGGGCGGCCCGGGGCGCGGCGGCGGCGGGCGGGCAGCAGGCGCCGCCGGGGGCAGCGGCGGUGCUGGGCGGCACGAGUUUCAGGAGCAGCCCCUGGGAGCUGCCGCCGGCGGCGGCGGAGGGCACGGUCUCCAGCCCCGCUGCCGGCGGGGAAGGGGAACCGGAGGAGGAGGACGAGGGCGGCGAGAAGCGGAGCGGCCGGCCUGGCGGCAGCCACAACGGGAGCGGGGACUGGGGGGGAGCCCAGGGCUGCACCAAGCCCCGCAACUUCCUCUACGUGGGGGUGAUGACGGCCCAGAAGUACCUGGGCAGUCGGGCGGUGGCGGCGCAGCGGACGUGGGCGCCCUCGGUGCCGGGCCGCGUGGAGUUCUUCUCCAGCCAGGGCUCCGCCGCGCCCCCCGGGAUGCCCCCACUGCCCGUCGUCGCCCUGCCAGGAGUGGACGACUCUUACCCGCCGCAGAAGAAGUCCUUCAUGAUGAUCAAGUACAUGCACGACCACUACCUGGACAAGUACGAGUGGUUCAUGCGGGCGGACGACGACGUCUACAUAAAAGGUGAAAAAUUGGAGGAGUUUCUUCGCUCACUGAACAGCAGUAAACCGCUGUAUUUGGGGCAGACUGGUCUGGGUAAUAUUGAAGAACUCGGAAAACUGGGGCUGGAGCCUGGAGAAAAUUUCUGCAUGGGAGGGCCAGGAAUGAUCUUCAGCCGGGAAGUUCUCCGGAGGAUGGUGCCACAUAUAGGUGAAUGCCUUCGAGAAAUGUACACCACUCAUGAGGAUGUAGAAGUGGGCAGGUGUGUCCGGAGGUUUGGAGGAACUCAGUGUGUUUGGUCCUAUGAGAUGCAGCAAUUGUUCCAUGAAAACUAUGAACACAACCGCAAGGGUUACAUUCAAGAUCUUCACAACAGCAAGAUCCACACAGCCAUAACACUUCAUCCAAACAAAAGACCAGCCUACCAAUACAGGCUGCACAAUUACAUACUGAGUCGCAAAAUUUCCGAACUGCGCCAUCGGACCAUCCAGCUCCAUCGAGAAAGUGUUCUGAUGAGCAAGCUCAGUAACACUGAAGUAAAUAAGGAAGAUCAGCAACUGGGAGUGGUGCCGUCUUUCAAUAAUUUCCAGCCACAUGAAAGGGAUGAAGUCAUCGAGUGGGAGUUCCUGACAGGAAAGUUUCUUUACUCAAUGGUGGACAACCAGCCACCCCGGCAGAGCCUGAGCAGCGUCCUGCGGGCUGCGCUGGAUGAUACUGUGAUGCAAGUCAUGGAAAUGAUAAAUGAGAACUCCAGAUCUAGAGGAAGGCUCAUUGAUUUCAAGGAAAUACAGUAUGGAUACCGCAGGGUAGACCCUCUGCAUGGAGUAGAGUACAUCCUGGAUUUACUGCUUUUGUACAAAAGGCACAAAGGAAGGAAAGUUACAGUUCCAGUGAGACGCCAUGCUUACCUUCAGCAAUUGUUUAGCAAACCUUUCUUCAAAGAAGCAGAGGAGCUGGAUGUAAAAAGCUUGCUGGAGGACGCCAACACUGACACUCAAUCUUUCUCUUUCCUUUCAAAUUCUUUAAAGAUUUUUUCCUCAUCAUUCCAAGGCACCAAAGACGUUCGGGGACACAGUGACAAGAAAAUACAUAUUCUUGUCCCUAUCACAGGAAGAUUUGAUACUUUCUCAAGAUUCAUGGAUAAUUUUGAGAAGACUUGUCUGAUUCCCAAGCAGAAUGUAAAGUUGGCAAUAAUUCUCUUCAGUUCUGAAUCAGGCCAAGACUCUAGCAAACACAUAGAACUAAUGAAAGAAUACAGCAUUAAGUAUCCCAAGGCAGAUAUGACCCUGAUUCCAAUGUCAGGAAAGUUUUCUAGAGGUUUAGGUCUUGAGAUGGCCUCGUCUCAGUUUGACAAUGACACUUUGCUGCUGUUCUGUGAUGUUGAUCUGGUAUUCACAUCAGACUUCCUCCAGCGAUGCAGAGAUAACACUAUUCAGGGAGAACAGGUUUACUACCCUAUCAUAUUCAGCCAGUAUGAUCCAAAAGUAAUAUAUGGAGGCAACCCUCCCCCUGACAGUAGUUUUGUUUUCUCAAAAAGAACUGGAUUUUGGAGGGAGUAUGGAUUUGGAAUUACCUGUAUUUACAAAAGUGAUCUACUUACUGCUGGUGGAUUUGAUACCUCGAUUCAAGGCUGGGGACUUGAGGAUGUAGAUCUCUUUACUAAAGUGAUAACAUCUGGCUUGAAGGCUUUCAGAAGUCAGGAAGUAGGAGUUGUCCAUGUUUUUCAUCCUGUUCAGUGUGACCCCAAUUUAGAUCCAAAACAAUAUAAAAUGUGCUUAGGGUCCAAAGCAAGUACAUUUGCCUCUACCAUGCAGCUCGCUGGACUCUGGCUACAGAAACAUUUGGGUGUCAGAUACAAUUGGACUCUCUCCUGACAACUCAGCCUAUUUGGCCUUUUUAGGGGAGUUUACCUCAUUGCUAUUAUUUGAUUUUGCUGUUGUAGUUUUAAACUCCCUCCUCGUAGUCUUCCAAAGACUGUUGACCUCAAAUGGGAUGACUCUGCUGUUCACUGAUGUUUCUUAUACCUACUGAACUAGUGAGGUGAAUUUCUUCAUAUUUCCUUUAUUUGAAAAUCAGUCUAGUCAUGGAAAUCAUACAAGCCCAUGGAGCAUAUUCAUCACAUGAGACUGUAUUAGAAGAAUGUUGUCUUUCAGCUUUUGGAUUCAGUAUCAUCUUUGUUGCAUUUCUCAGAUUUGAUGUGAUACAAAUAUUUACUGGUGAAGGUACCACAAAAGUGCUUUAUGCUUCUUCUGGGGAUGGAACUCUCUAAGAUAAACUUGAGUUUUAUAAUUUAUAUGAGGACUUAUAUGUAUAAACGCUACUUUUCUUCAUCUUUAGAAUUUUUAAAGUAAAUGAAUAACUAUAAUUGUACCUUUAUUUUUUAAAAUAAGAGUAAAGCUGAGGAGCUACUUGCAAAUGCAACUGGUACUGGCUACCAAGGUCCUUAAAUGUCUUAUUAUUAAAAGAAACUCCUCACUGUUAUUCAGUCAAAGUGUAAAUGACUUUAUUUUCACAACAAAAAGGAUUUAAUCAAAUGCUCAUGUACACUUUGAAGAUUUUUGAGCCAACAUCCUUCAUUUGCAGGCAAGAAGAAACUAUGACUCAACAUGGUCAUUUAAUAUAAAGUGCAAGCAUACAGUGUUCUUACUUUGAAACACAUACUAUAAGUUGCUCUUUCUCUUUUUAGAAUGAGUCUCUAAUGCAUAAUUUUCUUUUACAUUCCUUUCAUAAGGCUGCACUUCAGUGUUAAAAGUUAAAGCUCUAUUUUUUGUUUUACAUUUUUCAUGAAUAUUGGUAUUUGGUAGCAACUUGUUGUUAAAAUUAAAGUAACUGUAGAAUAGUUAUUUAAGUUUCAAAAUUUACUAUUGCUGGUCAAAGUUCCUUGCCAAUAUAUUUAUAUUAGUGGAGGUUAUAAGACUGUGUUCAGAUUUAUCUCUCCAAACAGCCUGAAGCUGUCAUAUUGUGGAUUCAUGAAGUAUUUAAAGUAAUACAAACAGGAGAAAUA